GAUGACUGGGACACAGAAGUUGAGAAGCCCCAGGCCACCCUGUCGUACAUGGCGUGCCCCUGGGGCGGCCAACUCAUCCGUGUGGCCGUGGCUGGGAUCUGCGUGUCGGAUGCACCAGUGAAGAAGAGCCACGUGUUGGUCCGGCCCGAGACACGUGCCGCCUUUGGCACCGGGUCCUUGCUGGAACACUUUGCGCCGGGAGAUGCAGUCGUGCUGCGCUGGGCGGACUGGGGGCUGCUGCGGCUCUGCAGCAUCCUCUUUGGCGACAUGGCUGGACCCACCUUCACCACUUCGGCGCGGAACCUGAAGACAGCCCCGGUGCUGACGUACCAGCGGCUGCGCCGGGACUUCCCCAGCCCGGGCGAUGCGGCCAUUGCCCUUUUCCAUGAGGGUGAUGAUGCGCAGGAAGGAUUUUUGAUGUCUUCUCCAACGGUUGCGACAGAAAACAAGUUUGACCUCAUGGGUGUCUUCCGCAUGCCUGACGAGAAGUUCACGUCCUGGACCUCGAUCCACUUCCAACUGCUUCUGGACUCCGCCUGUCGCGCGUCCCACUGGCUGCUGAACGGUCCGCGCACUCGCGAGAUGAGGCAGGCAGACGCAGAGGCAUAUGUGGUGCUGACAAUCCAAAGCUGCAAACGGGGCCUGCCCCUCUAUCCCUUCGUCCCCACCCACGGGGCGAUGGAGCCGACGGUGAGCAUUGCGGCGGGGGAACAUCUGGGCCUCGACAAGUGGAUUCGCUUCACUCCUGGGCAGGUUGGCAGCGAGAAGUUCCGCCUGUCAGAGUACAUCCAGCUAUUUCUGCAGAAUUUGGGUGAGGCACUGCCCAUUUACUACAUCAUGGAUGGUCGAAAGUUGGUCCCCUACCAGUGCGUAGUGCGACGCGAGGAUUGGCUGCGCGUCCGUAAGAGGUUCGUGGAAUGCUUCCUCCUUCAGAAGACCGCCUACCGCCGUGCCAAUGGAGGCUCCACUGCUCCAAGUCUCCACGAGGACGUUGAGCCGCGCUUCAUUACGGAGCGCUCGCCUCCCGCUGGACUGCUACGGACCGGCGCCCGUGCCGCGGGGGUGCGGGUGGUGGUGCGGCGGACUUUCGUGGAGGUGGAAUCGGAGGAGGAGUCCGAUGACGACGUCGUGCCGUCGGGACGUCAGAGUCAACGACCCAAGACCACCACCAUCUUGCCGGUUGAGAUCUCAGUUGCCUGA